CCUCGCUCGGACUGGAUCGGGUCCCGCAGGUUGCAUCCAGCCGGCAGGGUUCUGUGCCCGAAGCACCGCCGGGCGCCAGGUGGCGCUAUGACAAUGCCGGCUGCCCCUGAGCGGCCCUGCACACCAGCCCUGCUCGAAUCUUCCCGUCCCUCCGCCUUCACAACUGCGCACGCGUAGUUUCUGUAAUCUCACUAGCGGGAGACUCGUCCCCUCUCAGUGCGCAUGCGUGCAGCUACGGCUCACGGACUAACUGCGCGUCGGCUCGGAGUUUUGACACAUUCCCCGCGCUCUUGCCCGAACGGCGCCUGCGCAGAAUCUCAACCGCCCGUAGCGCGGAGAGACUAGUGGUGCCUCUGCUACGCCGCCAUCGUCUGUUUUCUUCCGCAGCCCGCUCGCCUUCGCUGCCAAGAUGCCGCGGAUUAUGAUCAAAGGGGGCGUGUGGCGAAACACCGAGGAUGAAAUUCUUAAAGCAGCUGUGAUGAAAUAUGGCAAAAACCAGUGGUCUCGUAUUGCUUCCUUGUUGCACAGAAAAUCAGCAAAACAAUGCAAAGCCAGAUGGUACGAGUGGUUGGACCCAAGUAUCAAAAAGACAGAAUGGUCACGGGAAGAAGAGGAGAAACUAUUACACUUGGCCAAGCUAAUGCCAACCCAGUGGAGGACCAUUGCUCCAAUCAUUGGAAGAACAGCUGCGCAGUGCUUGGAACACUAUGAAUUUCUUUUGGAUAAAGCUGCUCAGAGAGACAAUGAGGAAGAAACGGCAGAUGAUCCUCGAAAACUGAAACCAGGAGAAAUUGAUCCAAAUCCAGAAACCAAACCGGCCCGUCCAGAUCCUAUUGAUAUGGAUGAAGAUGAACUUGAAAUGCUAUCUGAAGCUAGAGCGCGUCUGGCUAAUACUCAGGGAAAGAAGGCCAAGAGAAAAGCAAGAGAGAAGCAGCUGGAAGAAGCGAGACGUCUUGCUGCUCUCCAGAAGAGGAGGGAACUUAGAGCUGCGGGGAUAGAGAUCCAGAAGAAAAGGAAAAAGAAGAGAGGAGUAGAUUACAAUGCAGAAAUCCCAUUUGAAAAGAAGCCUGCUCCUGGCUUUUAUGAUACAUUGGAGGAAAACUACCAGGCACUGGAUGCGGACUUCAGGAAGCUACGUCAGCAAGACCUGGAUGGAGAAUUAAGAUCGGAGAAGGAAGGAAGAGAGCGCAAAAAAGACAAACAGCAUAUGAAACGGAAGAAAGAAUCUGACUUGCCUUCAGCUAUUCUUCAGACCAGUGGGGUGUCAGAAUUUACUAAAAAAAGAAGCAAACUAGUGCUUCCAGCACCUCAGAUUUCAGAUACAGAACUCGAGGAAGUAGUGAAAGUAGGCCAGGCGAGCGAGAUUGCACGUCAGACAGCUGAAGAAUCUGGAAUUACGAACUCUGCUUCCAGCACCCUUUUGUCUGAAUACAAUGUCACCAACAACAGCAUCGCCCUUAGAACGCCCAAAACUCCAGCGGCACAGGACAGGAUCCUGCAGGAAGCCCAGAACUUGAUGGCUCUGACGAACGUAGACACCCCCCUGAAAGGUGGUCUUAAUACCCCCCUCCAUGAGAGUGACUUCUCUGGAGUGACACCCCAGAGACAAGUUGUUCAGACUCCAAAUACAGUGCUUUCCACACCCUUCAGGACUCCAUCUCAUGGAGCAGAAGGUUUGACCCCUCGUGGUGGAAUAACUCCUAAACCAGUGGUUGGAGCAACUCCAGGUAGGACUCCCCUGCGAGAUAAAUUGAACAUCAAUCCAGAAGAGGGAAUGGCAGAUUACAAUGAUCCUUCUUAUGCAAAACAACUGGAAAGAGAGUCUCGUGAGCAUCUGCGUCUAGGGCUUAUGGGCCUUCCUGCCCCAAAGAAUGACUUUGAGAUUGUUUUACCGGAAAAUGCGGAGAAGGAACUUGAGGAACAUGAAACAGAUGAUACCUAUAUAGAAGAUGCUGCUGAUGUGGAUGCUCGCAAACAGGCUAUUCGAGAUGCAGAGCGUGUAAAGGAGCUAAAGCGGAUGCACAAAGCUGUUCAGAAGGAUCUUCCAAGGCCCGCAGAAGUAAAUGAAACGAUUCUGAGACCCUUGAAUGUAGAGCCUCCUCUAACAGACUUGCAGAAAAGUGAAGAGCUGAUAAAGAAAGAGAUGAUCACCAUGCUUCAUUUUGAUCUUCUGCAUCACCCAUAUGGAGAGCAGCCUGGGGGUAAAAAGGGGAAAGGCCCAGGAUUUGGAACAAACAGUGCGGAGCAUAUUACAUACCUCGAACAAAGUUCUUAUGAGAAGCACUCCAAAGAGGACCUCAAGAAGGCCCAGGAUCUACUGGCACAAGAGAUGGAAGUGGUAAAGCAAGGAAUGGGGCAUGGAGAGCUUUCAAGUGAGGCUUAUAACCAGGUGUGGGAAGAAUGUUAUAGCCAGGUGUUAUACCUACCAGGACAGAACCGCUACACACGAGCUAACUUGGCCAGCAAAAAAGACAGAAUAGAAUCACUUGAAAAAAGGCUUGAGAUAAACAGAGGUCACAUGACAACAGAAGCUAAGAGGGCUGCCAAGAUGGAAAAGAAGAUGAAGAUUUUGCUUGGUGGUUACCAGUCUCGGGCAAUGGGACUCAUGAAACAGUUAAAUGAUUUGUGGGACCAGAUUGAACAGGCUUACCUGGAGUUACGUACUUUUGAGGAGUUAAAGAAACACGAAGACGCUGCUAUUCCCAGGAGACUGGAGUGUCUAAAAGAAGACGUGCAGCGGCAGCAAGAGCGAGAGAAGGAGCUCCAGCAGAGAUUUGCAGACUUUAUGCUGGAUAAGGAGACUUUUCAAUCAAAAUAUUGAAGCACAAAAUUACUUGGUUGUUCGAUGUAACAUUUUUCAAAUGCACGGAUACUUCUCCUGCAUCUUGCCAUCCAUAUCUCAGAAAUCAAGCGUAGGUAAAUUUGCAACUCUUUGCAUCUUGUGUUUUUUGUAAAUGGACUGUCAUUGUACCAAAUGUUCUAGGUGUGAACGGCUUGGUUCAAUAUUCGAGAUUUGGAUUUAAACGUCCAGGGCUUUGAUAUUAAAAGAAGAAAUCACACUGGGAUUUUUUUUAGCCAUGUUGUUGUUUGCUAGGGUUAUUGCUGAUUCAUGCUCCUAGUGUCUUACCAUUCUUAAAAUCUACCAAACAUAUACCUGCAGUAUAUGUGCUUGUGAAUAAUGUCUCUUGAAUAAACCUGGAAUGU